UUUUUUUUUUUUUUUUCCUUAAUAUCUUGAUACAUGUCUGCUUAGCAUACGGGAAGUCAAGAGCUCAGAAAUGUUUGACUGCCUUAAGCUUGCACCUGCAAUGCUUCUUCCCACCUGUUUUGUAUACCCUUGUGUUUUAUUCUCUCACCGGAUGGCUUUUUCUAUUUGUCUUUGGAUGUUUCGUUUAUAUACUGCAAUUGUCCGUAGGUCGGGUUCUGUGGAGUAAAAAUAGCAAAAACGAACAGUUAAGCAUAAAGCAAUUCGUUUACCUU